AUGUCGGACGAGAAGAGCAAGGGCAUCUCUCUCCGCCGCAAAAAGACCACUCGUCCCACCAUCUCCGGUCCACGCCUACUCAGCCACACGAGCCAAGAGCGCGACCAGUCGCAGACGACAUGGGAGACGGGCAGUACGGCGUCGGGCAGUAAUGCCAAUCUCACCGUACCAGGAGAGGGUGGUCGCGGGGGCGCAGGAGAGAAAACGAGUGACUUAGUAAAGAGACGAUACUCCACUCGCUUCGCUGGAGGCAUCCCCCAGCCCGAUGGCGCCGUCCCCUCCGUCCCCAAUAUCCCCACUCAGUACGCCCGGUCCAUGCGCAGUGGAAGCAGAGACGAUGGCGAUCGCAGUCAGUCGCGUGAUGGAGGCCCUCGUUCGCCCGCUCGCAGCAUCGCGAGCAACGCAGGGCGUCUCCAGGUCGACAUGCGUGCGUUGAAAGAGCCCAACCUGCAGCCGGACAAAUACAUUCAAUCCAUCCUGUCCGAUGCCACCGAAGUCGACAUCCGCGCUUAUGUGCAGGACCUACAGAAUGUCAAAGAUCACGCCAGCACCGACCUCCAGCACAACGUCUUCCAGAACCGCACGCAAUUCAUCAAGAUAUCUCAGGAGGCGGACAAGCUAAAGUCGGAGAUGAGGACGCUGCGGACUUUGAUGGGCGAGCUGACUGGCGCUUUGGGUCAGGCGACGAGCGUUGGUGCGAAUGCGGGUGAAGGUGGCGUAAACGGCGAAGGGAGCUCGUCUCUCUCGGUGGCCGAUAGAAAGCGCGCGAAUAGAAGCAGUGUCGCCAACCUGGAAGCCAUGUGGUCUUCCCAUCUACAGACGUUGUGGAAGAGGGUGGAGGGCUCGCAAAAGUACCUGCCCGCCCUGCCCGGACGCCACAUCAUUAUGGAAAGCCAACGCUGGGUGGAGCUCAAUGCCGCUACUUGGAAGCCGCGAAGGCGGGUCGGCUUGGUGCUACUCAACGACCACCUCCUGGUCGCAAGCGAGAAGAAACGCAAAGAUCUCGUGCAGACCGACAAUACCAAGUCGAAACACCAAAGCACGGCGUUUGGCGCACAGGGAGCAAUCCAAACCACUUACGUCGCCGAACGCUGCUGGCUGCUCCAAGAUGUCAGUCUUGCCGACAUCUCCUCUAGUGCGUCAUUUGGCAACAGUACCAGCUCCAGAGAGAACGCAGCCAUAGCCAAUGCAAUCAGCAUUCGUGCCGGCAACGAGAGCUUCACGUAUGCUACCUCGGACAACAGUGAGAAAGCGGGCUUUCUCGUGGCUUUUAGGAAAGCGCAGGAGGACUUGCGCAAGCUGAUGGCUGCAGAGCACGGCCAGCGACAGAAUCAGCUAGACGAGUUGGCCCGUAUGACGGGUGUGAGGGAUCCAAAGUUGUUGAAGAAAGCUGCAGCCGCAGCGCGGGCCAAUGACGAGAAACACGCUGCUGGAGGCCUGUCUCGGAGCGACUCCAUCUUGGUGGAUGCAGACGGACGACAGCAGAGUAUCCGCUCGGUAGAGAGUCAAAUUGACACCCUCGAUAUCGACAUUGCACUGCAGCGCUUCGAAGAGGCCGUGGCAAAGACGGAGAAGCUGCGCAAGCUUGGUCGCAGCAUCCGCUCCAACGCCGCCGCCUCCGAGAUCAUUCUCACCAAGGUCAACGAACGUGCCAGCAAGCUCGCGGCCAGCAUUGCCCGCCAGCUCGUUCAGACGAGUUCGGCGACGGAAAAGACGAAAGAAAAUGUGUCCUGGCUCCUCCGUCUCGGAUUCGAAGAAAUGGCCCGCACGCGCUACCUCGAUUCUCGCACUGAAACGAUUCGCCUUCGAACCCGGCAAUUACCUUUCAGCGGCGCGUUGCCGCCGUACCUGCAUGCGUUCGCCUUUACCACCUUUACCUUGAUCUUGCAUACGCUGCGGACAUUCAGUGCUAGUUUCCCAGCCAGCAGCGGAAGCAGUGGGGUGAAGUGGGCCAAGGAAAGAGUGGAAGAGUUCAAUGCAGGGCUAGAGCGCGCGAUCAGUGGGGUGGAGCGUGGGAGUGAGCUGUGGGAGACUUGCCUGCAGGUUGUCAGGGAACGGGCAGAGGUACUGCGGGAGGUCAGCGUGGAUUUCCGAACGCUGAUUGGCAAGAAUCUGGUUGGUGAGGAGGCGAGUGGCAAGGAUGGUCAGCAGAGUGGCGCGCAAAACGCUGCGAUCGGGCUUGGCGUCAGUACUUGA